AUGGUCGCCAGCGUUGUGGAGAUCGCCCCGGACCACAAAUACCAGGCAGGCGAGGACUAUCACAGUGAGAAGAAGAAGGCCAGGAACUUCUUUGCCGACCCAAAAGCGAUUACUGCGGCUCUUCUCCAUGACUACGCUUCAGUGCGCAGUAAGAUCAAGCCUCACGAACUCCUGCCCAUUGUCCAGGAUCUACUCAAGAAGGGCGAGCCUCUUGAUGACAAGACCGGAUCGACAGAGAAGCUCAUCCACGUCCUCACCACUCUACCACCGGGCUCGCAGACACGAAUUAAUCUAACUAACAAAUUGAUCGACACGCUAUGGGACAACCUUCAGCAUCCCCCGUUGACCUACAUGGGCGGUUCCCUCAAGGUCAUGAUUGAGGGAGACAAGUCAGAUCACAAGCCGACCGACAGCAUCACGUACAAGUCACCUGAGAAUGGCGUCGAAAUCACUGAGACAAUGCCCCAGCCACCUCAUUCCAUGCACCAGUACCGAACCCCUGAUGGAAGCUACAACAACAUCCUGAGCCCUGAUCUUGGCCGGGCGGGCACGCCAUACGCGAAGUCGGUACUGGCAUCGAAAAAGCUUCAUGGUGUGAAACCAGAUCCAGGUCUUCUUUUUGACUUGCUCAUGGCCCGCGAGGAAGGGACUUUCAAGGAGAACCCCGCGGGUAUCUCGUCGGUAUUGUUCUACCAUGCCUCCAUCAUUAUUCACGAUGUUUUCCGUACCAACAGGACGAACAUGAACAUAUCAGACACGUCUUCGUACCUAGAUUUAGCGCCGCUGUAUGGUUCUAGCCUCGCGGAUCAGCUGGAGAUCCGUACGAUGAAGGAGGGCAAGCUAAAGCCAGACACUUUCCACGAGAAGCGCCUCUUGGGCCAACCUCCGGGCGUCAAUGUCAUGCUUAUCAUGUACAACAGAUUCCACAACUACGUAGCCGACAUACUGUUGAAGAUCAAUGAGAAUGGACGAUUCACACUCGCCAAGUUCGAGAACUCAUCUCCUGAAGACAUUGCCAGAGCUGUUGCUAAACAGGACCACGAUCUCUUCAAUACUGCUAGACUGAUCGUCGGUGGUCUUUACAUCAACAUCUGUCUGGGUGACUAUCUCCGUGCUAUCACCAACACGCAUCACUCCGACAGUAAUUGGACGCUGGAUCCCCGCGUUGACAUCGACAAGCAUUUCGACCCCGAGGGCGCUCCGCGUGGGAUUGGAAACCAAGUCAGUGUCGAGUUCAAUCUACUCUACCGUUUCCACUCGUGCAUUUCCAAGCGAGACGAGAAGUGGACUGAAGACUUCUUUCAAUCAGAGUUCCCGGGCAAGACCAUGGACGAAAUCAACAAGCUCGACAUGUACGAGCUCUUGGGUGGCUUGCAAAAGUUCUUCGGCAACGUGGACCCAGACCCAAGCAAGCGAGAGUUUGGCGGUCUAUCAAGGCAAGAGAAUGGCAAGUUCAAGGAUGAGGAACUUGUGAGAGUACUGAAGGAGAGCAUGGAGGAUCCGGCCGGAUGUUUCGGUGCGCGCAAUGUUCCUAAAGCUCUUCGCGUGGUUGAGAUUCUUGGCAUUAUGCAAGGGCGGAAAUGGCAAGUCGCGAGUCUCAACGAAUUCAGAGACUUCUUUGGGCUCAAGCGCCAUGCCACAUUUGCCGACAUCAAUUCCGACAAAAACAUCGCCAGUACGCUCGAGAAGCUGUAUACCCAUCCGGAUAUGGUCGAGAUGUAUCCUGGUCUCAUGAUUGAGAACCACAAGCCGGCUAUGGACCCCGGAUGUGGUAUUUGUCCCACGUAUUCGGUCGGCCGAGCGAUUUUGUCGGAUGCCAUCACCUUGGUCCGCUCUGACAGGUUCAACACUCUCGACUAUACCGUUAGCAAUCUUACCGCUUGGGGCUACAACGAGGUCCAGGCGGACUUUAAGACUUUGGGUGGCUCCAUGUUGUACAAGCUCAUCCAACGUGCAUUGCCGGGCUGGUUUCCGUACAACUCACUGGCUGUUAUGCAACCAAUGUACACGAAAAAGAUGAACGAGGUGAUUGCAAAGGAAAUUGGUACUAUGAAGCUUUAUAACCUCGAUGACCCUAAACGCCCACGGCCAGUCCACGUUAUCAGUGGAGGGGCUGCUGUCAAGGAAAUCUCACUGGAUCAACAGCGAUUUGGCGUACUGUGGGGUUCACCUUUCAAGGAUCUCUUCCCGGGCACAGGCAAGGACUUCAGUUGGUUCAUGCUUACUGGCGACAAGCCCGAGAAUGCUGCACAGAAGCGCUUGGUACGAGACGUCUUCCAUGAAGUACCGGCUAUUGAAGCCGCUGUUUCCAAUUUUGUCGCUGAAAUGGGCUCGAAACUCUUAGCCAAGGAGUCUUUCGAGAUGAAGAAAGGUCUCAACCAAAUCGACAUCAUCCGCGACUUUGCGAUUCCAUUGAAUGCGCAGUUGCUGUCGGAUCUCUUCUACCUUGACCUCCGUACGGAUGAGAACAAGGGUGGUUCGCUCUCGACUGCUGAGCUUUACAAGCAUUUGCUCAAUAUUCGUGUGUGGGGUGUCGGCAACAACGACCCCGCCAUGGCCUGGAACCGACGUCGCUGGGCUCAGGAAGGUGCCGCAGUUAUGUCUAAAACAAGUCGUGAUCUGGUCCAAGACGUCGUAGACGAGAAUGGCAAUUUGGGGCUGGCUGGCUACGUUGCCUCUACAUUCUCCGAAAAGUACAAGCCCCGAAGUGCCGGCCUCAAGCAGGGCUCCCUUCGCUCAUGUGGAUACAAGAUUAUCAAGGGCUUCCUUGCCAAAGGCAUGAGUCUGGAGCAGACAGCUGACGUUGGCUGGUUGAUUUCCCUCGGCGGUGUUGGUGUGGCAAUUACAACCUUUUGCGAAAUCAUGCAAUUCUUCCUCAAAGAAGAGAACAAAGAACACUGGAGCCGAGUGCAGUCACUCGCAGCCGCCGGCGAUGAUCAGACGCUACGUCUGUACGCGCUCGAGGCAAUGCGUCUGACAACGGCACAGCGUAAUCUUCGCAUUGCCACGCAAGCGGCAUCAGUUGAUGGGAAGAGCAUCAAGCCCGGUGAGGUCAUUGUGCUAUGUCUUGGCGAGGCUGGACGCGAUCCAAAUGUUGUACCCGAUGCGGACAAGUUCAUCCCAACCCGCAAGCAAACCAACGUGAUCACGGGUUUCGGCCUCGGACCACAUGAGUGUGUAGGUCGCGAGAUUGCCAUAACGUAUAUCGUAGGCAUGGUGAAGCUACUUGCUGGACUCAAGAACUUGCGGCCUGCUCCAGGCCUAAUGGGAACAAUCAAGACUAUCCAGGUCGGCUCGGAGAGGUGGUAUUUGAACGACAGUUGGAGCUAUCUUUCUUCUGACGCAUCCACCUGGAAGGUUCAUUACAGUGGGCAGGGUAAAGGCACCUUCAAGGCCCCACCAGCACACGUCGGCGAGAAUCUUGGGCUCGGCCAGAUUGAGGCAAUCCUGGGCAAGAACAAACACGAGAAAGAUCUCAUAGAUUGA